AGAAACUUACUGAGGGUGUUUGUUGUUGAUAACCCAUUUCCAUGGCAGGGAAAGCGAAAAUGACUCUAAGUUUCGUUUUCCUGACUACAGCUGAUUCUGUCGCAUAUAAAUAACGCGGCAGUCUGUGGAGCAACAUUCAGAGGACAAGCACUGCGUUUCUGCGGAUCUCCAGACGUCAGAAAAUAAAGCAAAAUGAGCAGACCAGCAGGUUGGGUCCCAGCUUUCUGGCUGGACAUAUUUGAUGAACUCCUUUAUGAUGACAAUGAGCUGGACUACGGAGACGAGUGGAAUCUAAACUUUAACUACACCCAAACAGACGAAAUCACCAAAGAACAGAGGAAGAGAGGCUGGAAAGUGUAUUCCCAUUGUGCCUUUGGAAAGUUCCAGUGCGGAGCUUGUCAUAAGACCUGGCGUUCGGCUCGAGCGGUGGUGCUGUUCCGCUACCGGGUGAGAAACGGCCGGGGUACGGUGAUAAUGCGACCUUUUGGUCAAGCUUGUCGUCAAUGCCAGGACGGGGCAUUUGAUCUUCCAGGUUUCACCAGGAAAGAAGUGGAACACGCUUUGCUCAGGCUUUUUUCCAAAAUCCGUAAAAAUUGCUAUGGGGAGGAGGAAAGCGACGAAGCUUCUUCGACAUCCUCUGCUAAAGUGUGGACCAAGCCCCACGAGGCAGCACUGUGUGAGGCCUGCCGUCUGGGCAUUUGCUGUCUGGAGGAUGAGUGAAGGAGAGACAUCCCAUCUUUCUCAGUUUUGGCAGACCUUAUCCUUGACGUUUUGAGAUUGUAAAUAUGUUUGUCAGAUAAAGUUUGACGUGAUACUGGGACCAAAAAUCAGCUUUUGUAAAAUUAAAAUGACUUGGGUCAUUUUUUUGUUUGCUUAUUUAGUUAUCGUAGACAUAUUGUACAUAUGAUACUUGUGCAUUUAUGGUAAAAAUUGACAUUUCACCUUAUUUUAUAAUGAUCUAUACUUUUUAUUAUUCAAUUAAGGUAAUCUAAAUACAUCUAUGCAAGUGGGAUUUUUUUUCCCCUUUUUUUGUCAGAUGUUCCACAAAGUUUGAUAAUGUUGGCAAUGGGGAUGUUUUAUUAAAAAAGACUUGUCUGCUGUUAAUUCCUCACAUUGUAAAGAGAUUUAUUAUAUUUAGAUAUAUUUUCUAAUAUCUUAUUUAUGAAACCAAUACUUACAGAAGUUAAGGUACAUAUAUGUUAGAACAGGGUGAAGUAUUAUAGUGACAAUAUAUCCUGUUUACUGUAUGUUCACCUAACCUGAAGCUCAGCAGAUAGAAAAUACCAAUAGAACCAGGAAGUUUGUGUAAAAAUAAAAAUCAACCCUAACAUAAA